AUGAAGGUGAGCAGCUGCCGCAAAACGCGAGAGAAGAAGAACAAGAAGAGGAGGAGGAGGAGGAGGAGGAAGAAAUAAUCAGGAAUCAGCUGUCAAAAAAGUGGCUAAAGUAUAUGUUUGCAUCACUGACCGGUUUCCUGCCAGUGAGCUCUGACUGAACCCGAUCGCCAAGAUGCCUGCAGUCUCCACCGGGGUCAAAAAGCUGCACCUGUCCACGUCUCUCGGUGAACUCAAUAAAAAGGCCGAAAUUAAGCCAGACAAGACGGGCACCAGAAGCUAUGUUCAAAGUGCCUGUAAAAUCUUCAAGGCGGCAGAGGAGUUUCGCCUGGACAGAGAUGAGGAGAGGGCUUAUGUGCUGUACAUGAAGUAUUUAACAGUAUAUGACAUUAUCAAGAAAAGACCAGACUUCAUGCAGCAACCGGAGUAUUACAUGACCAUGCUGGGGCCAAACAGCUUUAAGAAAGCCAUCGAAGAAGCAGAGAAGCUCUCUGAAAGCCUUAAACUCAGGUAUGAGGAAGUUGAGGUUCGAAAAAGACUUGAGGAGAAGGAGAUACAAGAGGAGAAGAAAAGGAAGGAGGAAAUAACAGAGAAAGAUGGCAGUCGAAGCUCUCCAAAAGUGUCAUCAGCAAACAAGAAGGACAGCAAAAAGGUAAAAGGAGAACUGAAUGAAAAGAAGACUGAACUCAAGAAUGCAACCUCAAAAGCUGCGGUCCCAGCUGGUGGGAUUUCAGCUGAGAGGCUUUUCCACAUGAUGAAGGACCAGACGAUAACAAUAAUUGUCAUGGAUGCCCGCAGCCACGGGGACUUUGAGGAGUCUCGCAUUCAGGUCCCAGACCAGACCUGUGUCAGUGUGCCUGAGGAGGCCAUUAGCCCGGGAAUCAUUGUGAGUCAGAUUGAGGCAAAGCUGCCGGAGGUGUCCAAAGAGCAUUGGAAAAGGCGCGGACUUGUGGAUUAUAUCGUCCUACUGGACUGGUUCAGUUCUGUCACUGACCUUACACUUGGCACCACCUUGCAGAGCCUCAAAGAUGCCCUCUACAAGUGGGACAGCAUCACCGUCCUGCGCAGUGUGCCGCUGGUGCUGGAGGGAGGCUACGAGAACUGGCUGUUGUUUUACCCAAUGUACACAACCAACGCUAAAGUACGCCCCCCUAGACAGAAUAUCAUCAGCGUCACCCCUCAGUUGAACUUUAGCUACCCAUCCCUCGAGGAACCAAAGCCUCCGACCCCACCUCAACCAGAGCCUGAGGUUACACCCAAGCCUCAGGAACCUUCAGCUCCUGUGCUGGUGAACGGGUUUCCACCAGCAGAACCUCCAACAUCGGAAACUUCUAUGGUUACCGACAGGCUGCCAGAUGCUAUCGAUUCAAUCGUCACAGGCUCCACAAAUUCUGGGAAAGACCUUAGUCUGAAGGGCCCUGCAACAACCAAGGCCUUCCCCCAGUUUGACCGUACCAAGAAACCCUCUGUCCGGGUGUCGAGCGAUCCGAAGCCCAGAAAGAACGGAUCAGCAAAGGACUCCCUGCCGAACAGCCCACAUGUUCCUGACCGCUCGGUCAAACCAUCGCUUAUCCCCAACACUUCUUUGUCUAAAGAAGAACAAAGCCAGAUCCACUCUGAGGCAGUGGCAGUGAUGGAGAAGGCAAAGCAAGAGCAGGAGAAACGCAACCAGGAGCGUCUGGUAGAGGAAGAGAAACGGGACCAGAAGGAAAGGCUAGAAAGGGAGCAAAGUGAAAAGAGGAAGAAGGAAGAUGAGGAGAAUGGACCUCAGGAGAAAAAGAAACUGGAAAGGCAGAAGGCAGAGGAAGAGGAAGAUAAAGAGAAUAGAGUGUGGGACGGGAAAGAGAGGAGGGGUAAGGAGCAGAACUCUGACACUCCCACAAAGAGUAUGUCUUUGGACUCUCCUGCUCCCAACCAUAUUGUUAAUGAAAUUAAGAGGGAGCCCCUGACCCGAGCAAGGAGUGAGGAGAUGGGUCGGAGUGUACCAGGCCUUCCAGUCGGUUGGAUGAAGUUCCUUGACACGGUGACAGGAACCUACCGAUACUACCAUUCCCCAACCAACCGUGUCCACCUGUACCCUCCGGAGGUCACUGUUCCCCAGACCCCACCCUCCACGCCGCCCACAGUCAAACAGAAACCACCGCAACCAGCUGAGCCAGACACCAGCCGGGAACAGGAACAGUCUAAACUGAAACGCUCCUACUCCUCCCCUGAUAUUAGCCAGGACUUGAGAGAGGAAGUCCAGAAGAAGGCUGACGCCGCGACGACCGUUGCUGCCGUCACCCCCACCAUCAACAGAGAGACAAAACCGCCUAGUAAAGUCUACUCUAAAGUGGAGAUUGUACGGCCAACAGCUGCCAAAAUUCGCAACCUGAAUCCUUCAUUUGGUGGUCUGGGUGCAUCGCUGACUGGCCUUCGUAACCUGGGCAACACGUGCUACAUGAACUCCAUCUUGCAGUGUCUGUGUAACACUCCGGCCAUGGCUGAGUACUUCAACAACAAUUACUACAUGGAGGACAUCAACAGGUACAACAUACUGGGCCACAAAGGGGAGGUGGCGGAGGAGUUUGGUGUGAUCAUGAAGGCCCUGUGGGCUGGUCUGUACAAGUGCAUCAGUCCGCGGGACUUCAAGAUCACCAUCGGCAAGAUCAAUGACCAGUUUGCUGGCUGUGAGCAGCAAGACUCCCAGGAGCUGCUGCUGUUCCUGAUGGACGGGCUCCAUGAGGACCUCAACAAGGCGGACAACAGGAAGCGGUACAAAGAGGAGGAAAACGACCAUAUGGAUGAUCAGGCGGCAGCCGACUUGGCCUGGAGCAAACACAAGCUGCUCAAUGAGUCCAUCAUUGUUGCGCUGUUCCAGGGGCAGUUCAAGUCCACUGUGCAGUGUCUGACCUGCCACCGCAUGUCCCGGACAUUUGAGACCUUCAUGUACCUGUCGCUGCCUCUGGCCUCCACCAGCAAGUGCUCCCUGCAGGAUUGUCUGAGGUUGUUCUCUAAGGAAGAGAAGCUGACCGACAACAACAAGGUGUUCUGCAGGCACUGCAAGGCCCACCGAGAUUCCACCAAGAAACUGGAGAUCUGGAAGGUCCCACCCAUUGUCCUGGUGCACUUAAAACGGUUCUCCUACGAGGGCCGAUGGAAGCAGAAGCUGCAGACUGCCGUAGACUUCUCGCUCGACACUCUGGACCUGACCCAGUACGUCAUUGGCCCAAAACAGACGGUGAAGAAAUACUGCCUUUAUGGAGUUUCUAACCACUACGGGGGCUUAGACGGGGGGCACUACACCGCCUACUGCAAGAACGCCCUCAAACAGCGCUGGUACAAGUUCGACGACCACGAGGUGACCGACAUCUCCACCGCCUCCGUCAAGUCCUCCGCAGCCUACAUCCUGUUUUACUCCGCCCUGUGAUGGAGCCGUUGGACACGAAGAGAGAAUACUACACCAGAGCAGCGGUGCUCAAGCGUAGAGGUUGAUUUUGGUUUCCUUUUUAAAAUCACAGCUCUGAGGACCUGGAGCACGUAGUUGCAGGUUCACUAGUCCUGUGUGUGUGUGUGUGUGUGUGUGUGAGGACGCACUCGAACGAGUGGCGACGAGAUCCCGUCUGUGGCAGACCGGAGGAAUGUGCAGACACACAAUGCUUCAGCUACUAGAGGACCUUAUACCUUACAACAUGGCGUCUGUUCAUAUUACUGAUCAUCUAGUGACUAAACAGACGCGCCUCUUACUCUGACUUCUUGAUGGUUGCGUUGUAGGACUGACAGCGGGUGCAAAUGCUCUUCACUCUCCUCUCCUGUUGCACCCGGAGUGGACGGCCGUAUCGCAGAACCGAUCAGCUUCCGGGUGCUGCGUCCACACCGGGGUGAACCGUUAGAUGGCAUGUACAUACUUACCAAUGCUGAUGUUGCACAUUCACAAAUGUAAAUACUGGAGGGCACGGUGUUAAUCUGUUAAGUGACCAAAUUAGACUUUUUCUUCUUCUUGAAAGUAGCAGCCAUCACAGUACCACCAUAUUCCUAACGACAAACUGUGUUUGAGGGGUUUAACUCUAUAGCCUUCUGAUGUUUCACGUGAUCUUAGAGGGGUUGGAAGAAACUGACUUUUUGCAUUCUUCCUUAAGAGACGAGGGACUCGAGAUUGUUGCUUGUUUGUAUUAGCCACUUUGUUGCACUUACACAAUAUGCAAUCAGUUUAAGUUGUUAAUGUAGAAGACUUUGUUCAACAGCAGACAUUAAUAGUCGACUCUGAACGCUUCAAAAACUGAUGCUGAGAGUUUGUCUGCCUUGCUUGGCCAAGGCAGUGAGAGGGACACCUACCUGCUUCUAUAAAGGUUGUUAUAGGAUUUGUUCUCUGUUAAACAUUAUGUAACUCUUUACAUUAUUAUAUUCAAAGACAACAACUAUUUAGAGGAGGAAUGACUGGGGUAACUUGGCAGCCUCCUGGUUGUGAACGUUUCCAGGAGGCUGUAAUUUAGAUGUAUUGUGAUUGAUUUUAUUUCUGUGUUCAGUACUGACCCGGGAGAAUAUGAAGACUUGAGAAAUUGAUCUUACCCACUUACUCGGCGUCAACAUUUGCUGCCUGCCUGACGAGAGCGAGCACAAAGUAUAAUGAUGUAUCUUCUGAAUGGACCAGAGACAUCCUGAGUAAAGUUUUAUUGCCAAGCAUGAGAUCAUAAUCUGUUUUUCUUUUUACUUGUACAUGUUGAUUUUUAUUUCAUAAUGCUCUAAAACGACUCUUUCAGAUAUAACAUUUAUAUUAACCUCAAACAAUUCAUGCCUAUUUAUUAAAACUGCUUCAAAUGAC